UCUCAUCUUUUUUCCAUUAAUUGCUUUUAUGUUUAGUAUCAAUUGUUUGGGAUCACUUAUUGAGCAAAAGGCCGAGGUAGUGAAGAACACAAAUUCACGGCGGAGCUCGUCAUCGGAAACCACCAUGGGCGGCCGUAGGAGCAGCUCCGUUUAUCGUGACAUUGUGUGUCUCAUUAUUUUUUCCCUUCUCACGGCCAUCAAUGCUGAAGAUCAUAAUAGUGAAGUUGAUGAUGAACACGAAUUUACAUAUUUGAAGAAUUCCUCAAAGGGACCAGAACACUGGGGAAGUCUCAAAAAAGAAUGGAAAUUGUGUUCAGUUGGAAAGUUCCAAUCCCCAAUCAAUAUUAUCGAGGAAAAAGUUUUGGUUUCGUCUAAAACCGGGACAUUGAGAAGAAACCAUAAACCGGCCCAUGCUGUAUUAAGGAAUAGGGGACAUGACGUUAUGGUUGAAUGGAAUGGAGACACUAUGGGCACGAACCUCACUUACAAUCUGCUACAAUGUCACUGGCACAUGCCCUCCGAACAUACGAUUAAUGGAAGGAGGUAUGACUUGGAAAUGCAUAUGGUCCAUAGGAACUCCCAAGAAAAAUUGGCUGUAAUUGCAAUUUUAUACGAUUUAGGACGUUCCGAUCCUUUUCUUGACAAGAUUUUGGCAAAUAUUAGUCAUUUUCUAAAAGGUGGAGAAAAAAUUGAUUUGGGUGUUGUUAAUCCAUGGGACAUCAAUUUAAGAAGCAAAAAGUAUUACAGAUAUAUGGGCUCUCUCACAAUUCCUCCAUGCACAGAAGGGGUUCUCUGGACACUGAUCGACAAGGUGGGAACAAUAUCGAAGGAGCAAAUCGCAACACUCAAGAAAAUUGUACAUGAUGAUUUCGAAAAUAAUGCAAGACCACCUCAACCUCUCAAUGAUAGAAUAGUAUCAAAGUAUUUCCAAGAUAUUCAAUGAAAUUCCAUGAGAAAUUUAACUAGUAUACCAUUUCAUUCUAUU